AGUUUGAAUUCCGCGGGGUCCAACGGCUCGAGAGUGGAGACUGACUCCAGGUGAAGGCUGCGGCGGCUGGUUACCGUUCUUCGUCCCGUCCCGCGCGUGGGAAGUGGAGGGUCUCGAUUCUGGACGGCUUGGAGCGUCCACCAUGAGGAGAAGUGAGGUGCUGGCAGACGAGUCCAUUGUGUGCCUCCAGAAAGCUCUAACUCACCUUCGUGAAAUAUGGGAAUUAAUUGGGAUUCCAGAGGAGCAGAGACUGCAAAGAACGGAGGUUGUAAAGAAGCACAUAAAGGAUCUUCUGGAUAGAAUGAUUGCUGAAGAGGAGAGCCUGCGGGAAAGGCUUCUCAAAAGCAUAGCCAUCUGUCAGAAGGAGCUGAGUACCCUGUGCAGUGAGUUACAAGUGAAGCCAUUUCAGGAAGAAAAAGAAACAACUGUCUUGCAACUAGAAAAAGAUUUGCGCACUCAAGUAGAAUUAAUGAGAAAACAGAAAAAGGAGAGAAAGCAGGAACUGAAGCUACUUCAAGAACAAGAUCAAGAACUCCGUGAAAUUCUUUGUAUGCCUCCCUGUGAUGCGGACAGCACCUCUGUCCCCACCUUAGAGGAGCUGAACCUGUUCCGAGAACGUGUGGCAACUUUGAGGGAAACAAAGCAAUCCAGGCAUGAACAAUUUGUCAACAUUAAGAGACAAAUCAUAUUGUGUAUGGAAGAAUUAGAACACACUCCGGAUACGAGCUUUGAAAAGGAUGUAGUGUGUGAAGAUGAGAGUGCCUUUUGUUUAUCACUGGAGAAUAUUGCAACAUUGCAGAAGUUGCUAAAGCAGCUGGAAGUGAAAAAGUCACAAAACGAAGCAGAAUGUGAGGGGCUCCGUGCUCAGAUCCGAGAGCUCUGGGAUAGGCUACAGAUACCUGAAGAAGAGAGAGAGCCUGUGGCUGCGAUUAUGACUGGGGGGUCAAAAACCAAAACCAGGAAUGCGCUGAAAUUAGAAGUGGAUCGGUUAGAAGAACUGAAAAUGCAAAACAUAAAGCAAGUGAUUGAGACAAUCCGAGGGGAGGUGGCUCAGUUCUGGGACCGGUGUUUUUAUAGCCAGGAGCAGAGGCAGGCUUUUGCCCCUUACUAUUCUGAGGACUACACAGAGAACCUGCUCCACCUUCAUGAUGCUGAGAUUAUACGGUUAAGAAACUACUAUGAUGUUCACAAGGAACUGUUUGAAGGUGUCCAGAAAUGGGAAGAGAGCUGGAAACUUUUCCUAGAGUUUGAGAGAAAAGCUUCAGAUCCAAGUCGGUUUACAAACCGAGGGGGAAAUCUUCUAAAAGAAGAAAAAGAGCGAGCGAAGCUCCAGAAAACACUCCCUAAGUUGGAAGAGGAGUUGAAAACACGGAUUGAACAGUGGGAACAGGAGCACUCAACUGCAUUUGUGGUGAAUGGGCAGAAAUUCAUGGAGUAUGUUACAGAACAGUGGGAAUUACAUCGGCUGGAAAAAGAGCGAGCCAAACAGGAGCGGCAACUAAAGAACAAGAGGCAGACAGAGACAGAGAUGCUAUAUGGCAGUGCGCCCCGGACACCUAGCAAAAGACCAGGACAGACUCCCAACAAGUCUGGCAAAGUACGCAAGAUGAACACCACCACCAUGUCUAGUGCUACACCCAACAGCAGCAUUCGCCCCGUCUUUGGCGGAUCAGUGUACCGUUCACCUAUGUCUCGACUGCCUCCUUCUGGCAGCAAGUCAGUAGUCACUUCUCUGUGUUCUGGAAAGAAAACACCUCGAGCUGCCCAGCGUAGGGCCAACAAGGAGAACUUGGACCUCAAUGGCAGCAUCCUGAGCGGUGGGUACUCUGGCUCGACGCCCCUCCAGCACAACUGCAGCAUUAAGUCUGUUGCCAGCACCUAUUCUGAAUUUUCGAAGGACCCGUCCCUCUGACAGCUCCACUGUUGGGCUUCAGCGAGAACUUUCAAAGGCUUCCAGAUCUGAUGCUACUUCUCGAAUCCUCAAUUCAACCAACAUCCAGUCCUGAGAAUCCUUGUCUAGUCAGCCAGCUGAGGCUUCCUGUGCCUAGAUUGUACUGAGUAUACGUACACAUGAGUGACUUAAUACCUUCCCCAUUGCUUUAGAUGUUUGAAACAGCCUUAGGCAGGUUCUCUUAACUGCGCUUACUUAGACAUGAGCACAGCACAUGGAAAGACUUCCGGGCCAUGGUGAGGCCACAAAGAUGAGAGACCUUAAAGGCUAGUUAUGGUAGUUACGUACAAGUUUUAACAUCUGUUAGCAAUAUUUUUUUCUUUACCCCAUAAUUCUACUUAAACAAUGAUCAAGGGUUUGUCUUAUUUCAAUACUAUAUUGGAAAAUGAAAAAAUGAUUGUGCCCAGCUUUGGAGUACAGAGAGGUACGAGACAUGGAGUAAUUCUGGCUUGUAGACUUGAAAUUAACAUAUUAAAAAAAAACAUUUUUUUUUUUUUUUUUUU